CUUCGUGUUCAGUCAUCAGUUUGCUGAGUCUAAGGAGGAGGAGGUCUCUGUUUGCUCCAACAUGAGUGAAGAUAGCAGCGCUCUGCUCAGCAGGCUGCGGCAGUUGCAGUGUCACUUCACCUGGGAUCUGAAGCUGGACGUGGACCUGGAAACCCUGAGCAGUCGACUACAGAUUGACAUAGAUUUUCAUCGGAGUCCGCGUAAUGGAGGGAGUUGCUUCUACAGCCUCUUGGCUUAUGUCAGGUAUCUUCAGGAUCAACGAGAGGAAGCGCUGUCACUUUUAAACCAAUCAGAGGAGACCAUCAGGGAGAGUUACGGUGAUGAGAGUGAGAGGCGGCUCAUUGUGACGUAUGGAGACAUGGCCUGGCUGAAAUAUCAUGAUGGAGACUUUGAACGGUCAAAAAACUACUGUCAGAGAGUCGAGGACAUACUGGUGAAGUAUCCCACUGGUUCAUCAGGACGUUUCCUCCCAGAGGUGUAUGGGGAACAAGGCUGGGCCUAUUUUAAGGUGUCGAGGUCUUCUAUAUCAAAAGCCAUCGACUGUUUUCGUAAAGCACUUGAGGUACAGACUCAGGAUGUUGAGUGGAACACCGGCUACGCCGUUGCCCUCUUUUGCACAGAAAAGGAAGAUGAGGAAUCAGAGGCCAUCAAACAGCUUCGCUUUGCAUUGGAGAUCAACCCAAAUAACGCUGCUCUGCAGUGCAUGCUGGCGGUGAAGCUGGCGGCCUAUAAGAAAUACGAAGAGGCUGAUGAUCUGGUGGAGAAAGCACGAGAAAAUGAUCCUGAUAACCCUCAUGUCAUCCGAUCCUCAGGAAAUUACUUACGUAAUCGGAAAAAACUGGAUGAGGCUAUUGUUGUGUUUAAGCAAGGACUGGAUAGUGGGACUCAAUUAUCUUCCUUCAACUACCAGCUGGCUAUGUGCUACAAGGAUAAGAAAAUUGCUGAACAAUGCAGGCCCUUCAGCAACACAGAAGAGGUGCGUAAGUUGAGGCGUUGCUGUAUCAGUCACCUUGAAGAAUCUGUGACGAUAAAGCCGUCCUUUUUCUUGGCAUUGGCUGAUCUUGCACUGCUGUAUGCAGAGGAAGGGGAUAUGAGCAGGGCUGAGGAGGCUUUCCAGCAGUGCUUGGAGAAGUUACCAGAGUUGAAGGAAAAGCUUUGUCAGAUUAUCCAUCAGUACUACGGUGACUUUUAUCUUUAUCACAAAAAAAAUGAGGCUCAAGCCAUCGCUCACUAUACCAAGGGGCUGCUGAUACCACUGAAAAAAUAUCAUUGGAGACAGUGUGCUAAGUCACUGAAGAAGAUCGCUAAGAGACGUCUGGACAAUAAUCCAGGUGAUGGUGAAGCUCUCGCUCUACUGGAUAGGGUAGCUGAGGCUGAAGCUGCUGAGUUUAAUGAAGAUGCUCUGAACUAUGACGAGGACAAUGAAGAGUAGAAGUGUGAGCUGCACCUGGAGCUGCAGGGAUCAUCCUCUGAUUAAACUGAACUGAACUGAUUCAAGUUCAGUUUAACUUGAAUUUUUCAUAUUCUGUUUUGAUUGUUUUUCUGCUGUUCAGUUUUAGUUGAACCACUUUGGUCCUGUUGCUGUGUCCAUGUAUCAUCUUGACAUAAUUGUAGUCGGAGCAGAUUUCCAUUCAAAGUGCUGACUGCCAAGUUUUUUUUUAGUUUUUUUUUAAAUCUGUACCUGGUUUUUAUCUGGAGGAAAAGUUUUCCCCGAUUGUUCCUAUUUUGCUCUGUCAGCAUGACUCAGCCUCCUUUCAGUCAGGGAGUUAGCUACUUUCAGUGAAAUGUGGAAAACACAGAUAAAAGAGGAAAUACAAUAAAAUGGAAGAAGGGAAAUAUUUGUGGUUCUCAUCUCAGUCUACAAGGACGAUUGAUUAUAAUGUAGAGUACAGAGUGUGUAUAGUGACACACAGUCAUAAAGAUAAUUGUUCUGCAAGUCUUUUAUAUGUCAGCCCUUUAUAACUUCAGUUGAC